CUGUGGGAGAAACUUUUCAGAUUGGGUGUGAGUGCAAAACUACUGAGAAUCAUCCAAAAACUGUACAAAUUUGCCUCUCUGGAAGUGAAGAUUCAGGGUGAGCUUUCAGAUGAGAUAGGAAUUACUGAAGGAGUACUUCAGGGUGAAACGCUCAGACCACUAUUGUUCAUUUUGUUCUUGGCUGACAUCGACGAUUUACUCCAUGACAUACUCCAUGAUUUCAAGAUGAAGCUCAGAGUUCAAGAUCUUGAGAGGUGCAAUGGAUCUGCUUCGCUCCUCUUUGACGUCCCGAGAGGAGUUGAUGAUUCUGAGGCUGCUUACUUCGGUCUUAAUCUGCCUUUUCACUGUAUCAGGCUGAUGAUACAGCUGCGACUUGCCACGAGACGACAAUUCAACCUCACAAGUAGGGGCAACAUCCAUAAGAUCAGAGCCGAUCAGUUGUGUUCCAUCUGCAACUUGCAACAGCUGGAGUCAGUCGAGCACGUGCUAUUCUCAUGCCCACAGUAUGCAGCACCGCGAGCAUGGCUCAUUGGCAGAGUUUUUUCUUUUGAUUGUACUGUGAUGAGUGUGAUAUCCAUGAAAUUUUUCAUUUAAGACAUUAUUGUCAUGAACUCUUUAGAUUAGUAUGUGAUCUAUAUUUUCUGUAAUGAUUUGUUUGCUUUUGUAAUUGAAUUUUGUAAAUAAUGCCAACCUGCUAUAGGAUAAUUUCCUAAAAAGCAACUGUACUAAA